UGCGAGCAGCCAUCGGAGAUCGUGGAGGAGUACGUUGACUGGUUUCUGACUAGAUCGCACCCACGGAUCACCCACCCCACUGAUGAGGAGCCUCAGCCUCGACCACUACUAGUUCAUCAGUUGAGAGAGCAGAUUGUGGAUCGUUUAGGCCCCUUGUUGCAGACGAGGGACCGGAGUAAGUGGGAGGAGGACGGUGGUAAGCUCUAUGAUAUGGCAGCUGGAGUUUUCGAGUUGUACGAUCAGUUGGUAGGGCAGCCGCCUCAGUAGACGAUUGUGUUUUUAUUUGUCAUCGUUUGUAGUUGAACUGAGACUAUUGUGUGUUUUAUUUGUCAUCGUUUGUAGUUGAACUAUGACUAUUGUGUG